UUUUCGGCUUUUAGUACGUCAGUGCCGAUUUUGCUUUCAUUCGAGUCAGGUUUUGUUUUGAGUGCUUGUUUCAUUUGUGUAGUUCGAGAGAAAAUAGCAAAAAAAUAUAAACAAAAAGACAUAUUUUUCUCAAUAAGUAAAGGUGUAUAAAAAUGGCUUCUUCGUUGCACGGUAUUUGGAGAUUUUUACAUUGGGGUCCAUUAACAGCUUUAGGUAUUAUAAAAGUUAUAACUAUAACUGCUCUCUACAUGAACUCAAUGUGGUGGCCACCGAAUGCUAGUUUGGGUGGUUUUAUUCAUCAGUGUCUGUUUUUAUUGUUUUCUACGCUCACCACGUAUAACUACAUAAUGGCAACAUUGACAGGACCUGGUUUAUUACCUAAGAAAUGGAAACCAAAGAACCCAAAGGAUGUUGACCAAUUACAAUAUUGUACGAUAUGUGAAGGUUACAAAGCGCCUCGCUCCCACCAUUGUCGCAAAUGUAACCGUUGUGUUAAGAAAAUGGAUCAUCAUUGCCCAUGGAUAAAUCACUGCGUGGGUUGGGCGAAUCACGCGUAUUUUACCUACUUCCUCGCCUUCGCUAUACUGGGAAGUUUUCAAGCCUCCAUAAUUUUGGGUUUCGCUUUCUAUCGUGGGGUGCAUCGGUACUGGUAUCUGACACACGGUCAAAUGCAUCUGGCCACAGUACAAUUCACAAUGACCACCAUUAUAAUGACGAUCUUCGCCACAGGUUUGGCGAUUGGUGUUGUUCUUGCAUUGGGAAUGUUGCUCUAUAUACAAUUAAAGUCGAUUUUGAAAAAUCAGACUAGCAUCGAAAUGUGGAUAGUGGAGAAAGCAGACUAUAGACGUUACUGCAAUCUGGACGAAGAUGAUUUUGUCUAUCCUUACGAUUUGGGUUGGCGGCAGAAUUUACUUCAAGUGUUCAGUAAAAGACUGGUAUCAAAGGGUGAUGGCAUUACGUGGCCGGUGUUGGAGGGCUGCGACCAGUACACCUUAACGCGCGAACAAAUUGCACAGAAAGCGGAGAAGCGCGCUCGCACCAAAACAUUUAGGUGUGUACAUCCGGCAACAGGUCGUUACCUGCCACUUUUUUCGCAAGGCUUGCGUGUUUGCCUUUCGCCGCCGUGCACUGAUGAGGCUCGCAUUCGCCUUGAACCCGGUGAUGUGAUUAAGGUAACACGUUUUCGCGAGCAUUGGUUGUUUGGAGAACGUGUUGUGCCAGCGAUUGAGUUGCGAAAUCCAGAACUAAAGCGCAAGGGUCCGACUCGUGGAUGGUUCCCUCGCCGUUGUGCCAUUGAAUUAAUACAACCCAAACAUUAUUUCUAUUCAAAUUCUUCAGAACAAUCUGAGAACGAAGUGGAGAGCCUUGACGACCGUCAAUAUAACGCCCGAAAUGUUAAGAUAAUGAAUAAUGCCACAAAUGGCGUGCCAAAUACUUCCAAGGAAACACUUGCGAAUGGCAAUAGUAAACAACCAACUCAAAAUGGACAGGGAAAGAAGAAGAAGUGAUGUGCAGUACGUGGAAGAGGAGGAGGAGCAGAAGGAGAAGGAAGCGGAGGAAGCGUUUGUGCGCAGAGUGCGUGGAAUACACAAGUGCAAUUUUUAGUAUUGUAGUUUUGUGGUAUUGUAGUAUUGUUACAUCGUUAGGGAUUUUUAAAUUGACGUAGGAGGAAUAUCGUGUGUCAGUCAACAACAACUUCCAAGACUUUUUAGUGCUUAAACAUAGUUUGUCUGUUUAAGCCACAUAUACAUAUAUAUUUAUAUUACUAAAUCUACAAACAGAUCAAUUAAAGCUUAGUAUACUGCAUAUUGAUACUAAUUUAUAACUAUUUUUUAAUGGUGAAUACAUACAUGUAUGUACAUAUAUAUACAUAUAUAUUUAUAUAUAUCUAUAUGUAUAUGGUCUCAACUUGUAGUUUAAUAAAGAAGAUUACGAAAGCAAAUACUAAAAA